AUGGAGAAUCCUGAACAGAUAUAUGAUGUGAUUAUUAUUGGAGCAGGUAUUUCAGGUCUCGGAGCAGCUAAUCACUUAAAAGAGCAAGGUUAUGAAAAUGUUUUAAUUCUGGAGUCUCAAGACAGAGUCGGAGGAAGAAUAUACUCAUAAAAUCUCAAUGAUGAAGUUACAGUCGAGUUGGGUGCCUCUUGGAUUCAUGGCAUCGGGCCAGGUGCUAACGAUAUACCUGAAUGGAGGGAUAAAAUGAACCCACUCUACGAACUUUCAACCAAAUAUAACAUAAAAACUGCCAAGACGUUUAAUGACAUGUAUGAGACUGAUUAAUAAAAAAUAUUUUGGUAUAAAGGAGGUGAAAUGCCAAGCGAUAUUUACCCAAUAGUUUAUGAAUCAAGAAGCUUCUACUAGUAGAAUUGUAAGGAAACUGAUGAAGAACUUAGUCUACAUGAAUUUUUCAAGAAAUUUGAUUUUGGCCCCUAUCAAGAUGAUGAAAAGCUUAAGAAGUCUAUUCUUGGUUUUGAUUAUGAAAGUGAAUAUGAUGGUGAUUUGAGUUAGCUAUCAGCUAGGCAAAUAAAUAAUUUGCAACAUUUUGAUGGUGAAGAGCGAUUAUUCCCUCUCGGCUACUCAUAGAUUCCAAAUGCACUUGCCAAAAGUCUCAAAAUUAACUUAAAUUCUAAAAUUCAAAAAAUAGACUACACUCGUGAUAUUAUUGAUAUCCAAACCACAAACAACAUAUUAUAUAAAACACGUAAACUUAUAGUCACAGUCCCCCUUGCUAUUCUAGCAUCUAAUGUAAUAGAAUUUACUCCGCUACUGCCAGAAAAGAAGAUUUAGUCAAUUAAUAGACUGGGUGUAGGAUUCUUCGAUAAAUUAAUCAUUUAAUUUGAGGAGGUAUUUUGGGAUGAAGAUAUUGACUGGCUGACAUAUAUAUCUGACUCUGAAACAUCUGACUGGUCUAUUAGUUUCAACCAUUAUAAAUACAUGAAGUAACCUCUCCUUGUCAUGUUCAACACAUACAGUUCUGCUAUAAAGUUUUCCCUAUUUAAUGAUGAGGAACUUAUUUCAUCUGCCCUAGUCGCCCUCAACAUUAUGUACCCCAAGGCGAAGAUUACCAGAGAAAAUAUCAAAGCUUUUAAGAGAUCUAACUGGAGUACUAAUGAACAUAUAAAAAUGUCUUAUUCUUUUGCUAAGGUUGGCUGUUCAUCUGCUGAUAGCGAGGAGAUCGCAAAAGGAGUGGAUAAUAAGGUAUGGUUCGCAGGGGAGCAUACAGUUUUUGAAUUUUUGGGUACAGUUACUGCUGCCUAUAUAUCUGGGUUGAGAGCAGCCUAGAAUAUUUUAAAAGAAAUAGAGAGGGAUCCCAAUUAAAAAUUGGAAUUAUCAUAAUGA